GAGCUGAUGGUGGAAAGAAUAAAGAUAUUAGCAAAAAGAGAGGAAGCGGAAGAAGAAGCGUUGGAAAGAGUUAGAAAGUCACGAUGGGAGUACAAGGAGAGGUUCGAGAGGGAACAUGCACGUACCUUGUUCCGAGGAGAAUUGGAGCCGGGACAACUCGUCUUGCGGGACGGCCUGUCGUUUGAGAUUGGCGAGUUCGUGGAGAGAGAAGCGUUGGAAGCUGAAGAAGACGACGACGAUGAAGAAACAAGCGAUAAGAAAGCAAACGAAGAGGAAGAGGGAGGAAACGAGAAAGAAAAGAAAAAUGGAAUAGAGAGUAACGAAAGAGGGAACGAUGAAGAAGUGAGCGACGAAAGAGAAAGUGACAAUGAAGAAGAAAAACAAAAGAAAAACGAAGAGAAAGAUAAUGAACGCGGAGGAGAAGAACGGGACGAACGAGAAUACGAAGAAGGGAUGGUGGAUGAUUGGGGAGACGAAGGAAGGAGAGGACAUGGCAGCACGUGCAGUAGAUACGACGAGCAAGUAGAUGAAAAUGGAACGCAAGACGUCGAUGAUAAGCAAGAAUUAGAUCAGCAUCAACAGUCAUACCCAGGAGAAAGAAGAACGACGCACCUGAUACGACCCCGUCGACGUUUCCUGGGCAUUGACUCGAGGGUCCUAGGGCGUCCGAGAGCCGAACACCUUCAAGCGGUCGUGGAUCUCUCAACAUCCACAUCGAGAACACCAUGGCUCGCGUACAACCGCGAGCGCUCUGGUGUCUCCAUGGGCGAUCAAGACCAGCGCCUGCCUUCGGUGUCGCAGCUCCAACCCGCUCUCGCCGUCGGCCAGGCCCCAAAACUGAUCUUGAAACGAGUCGCGGAUGGAGACGAAGAUACAAAGCCGACGAACGAGGCGUUAGCGCUUGCACGCGGGUACAUCAGGAAAAAGCCACACCCAUUCCUAGCGACUCCUAGAGGGGGUCGCUAG